UGAUUACGUAGCGGGCGGGGCCGGAAGUGCCGCUCCCGGGUGGGGGCUGUUCAUGGCGGUUCCGGGGUCCUCAACGUUUUUUCCGGUUGAGAUCCUAAAUCUGUCUGAAGCUGGGACAGCAGAGCUUGAGGUUCUUGCUGGUGUGAAAUGACUGAGUAUAAACUGGUGGUGGUUGGAGCAGGUGGUGUUGGGAAAAGUGCACUGACAAUCCAGCUAAUCCAGAACCACUUUGUGGAUGAAUAUGAUCCCACCAUAGAGGAUUCUUACCGAAAACAGGUGGUUAUAGAUGGUGAAACUUGUCUAUUGGACAUUCUGGAUACAGCUGGACAAGAGGAGUACAGUGCCAUGAGAGACCAAUACAUGAGGACAGGCGAAGGCUUCCUCUGUGUGUUUGCCAUCAAUAAUAGCAAAUCAUUUGCAGAUAUUAACCUCUACAGGGAGCAGAUUAAACGAGUAAAAGACUCAGAUGAUGUCCCUAUGGUGCUGGUAGGGAACAAGUGUGAUUUGCCAACAAGGACUGUGGAUACAAAACAAGCCCAUGAAUUGGCCAAGAGUUACGGGAUUCCGUUCAUUGAAACCUCAGCCAAGACCAGACAGGGUGUUGAAGAUGCAUUUUACACACUUGUAAGAGAAAUACGCCAGUACAGAAUGAAAAAACUCAAUAGCAGUGAUGAUGGGACUCAAGGUUGUAUGGGGUUGCCAUGUGUGGUGAUGUAACAAGAUAUUUACAAAGUUGUAUUGUCAGAAAAGAGCCACUUUCAAGCUGCACUGAUACGCUGGUCCUGACUUCCCCGGAGGAGAAGUAUUCCUGUUGCUCUCUUCAUCUCAGAGAAGCUCCUGCUGUUUCCCCACCUCAGUACACGAGCAUCGUCUCUACUUGAGAACUUCUCAGAAUAACUACCUCCUCACUUGGUUGUCUGACCAGAGAAAUGCACCUCUUGCUCAUUCCCCAGUAGUUUUCUGCCCUGGGCUCUCCCCAACAAAAACAACCAUCUCUGCCACCCAGGUUUUUCAUCCACAAAGCAGCUCUUGCUCUGAAACAGAACCAAACUGUAGACUGAAAUUCUGUUAAAAAGUUUCUGGGAGUCUAAAGUA